UAAAUCUAUGGUUGAAUUUUAACCUUCUAGAAAAUAUCAACACCUUAUGUAGAAUAUAGAUAGAUAGAUAUUAAUUAUUAAUGUUCUAAGAUCAACACAGACUUAAUCAACUAAGAUUUUUUUAAUUUGGCUUAAUGUAAUUCAAUUGUAUCGAACGAUUCAUAUUGUAUCCAAGCAAAAUGGAAUCUAUACAACAUCCCAUCGAAGACAAAACAAAUAUUUCAUUUAGUGAAUCCAUUCAUGUUUUCAAAACGGAAGGGAGUCUUGAAACAUUCAAGGCUGAGAUUGAAAAUUUGGAUAUUGUUGAAGAAUUUAUUGAUGAAAGUCAAAUAAAAGUCAAUAACACAGGAGCCUUUAUAAUCAAAAUUGAAAAUGAAGUUGAUUCUAAUGAUACAUCUGAACAAAGUGUUCCUCACGCCGUUCAAAUAAUGAAAGAAAAUGAAGAAAAAGAAAGUCUUGAAACAUUUAAGGUUAAGAUUGAAGAUUUGGAUAUUGUUGAAGAAUUUAUUGAUGAAAGUCAAAUUCAUAAGGAGCAAGCAAUCAUAACCAAAAUUGAGAAUGAAGUUGAUUCUAAUAACACAUGUGAACAAAGUGUUCCUUGCGCCAUUCAAAUGAGAGAAGAGAGUGAAGAAAAAAAAAAUUGUCUAUUCAAUGCAAAACGAGUUACUAGCUGGAAAACUAUUAUUGCUUCAAAGCAACAAGACUGUCAUCUUUGUGAGUUCUCUUCUAAAAAUAAAUAUGAGCUCAAUUAUCAUAUAAAUACUAUUCAUUUGAAGCCAUUCAAGUGUGAUAUAUGUGAUUAUGCUACUAAUAUAAAAUAUAGUCUCAGACUUCAUAUGGAAUCUGUUCAUUCUUCAAGUUCACAUAAAUGUCAUUUAUGUGAUUUUAUUACUACCCAUAAGAAUUACCUCAAAUCACAUAUAGAUCAUGUUCAUAUAAAUUUGAAACAAUAUAAAUGUGAUUUCUGUGAUUAUGCUUCAAGUCGUAAUCAUGACAUAAAAAAACAUAUAAAUACUGUUCAUUCCAAUGAUAAGCCACACAAGUGUCAUUUAUGUGAUUUUGCUUCUAAUCAUAAGCAUUAUCUCAAAUUGCAUGUAAAGUCUGUUCAUUUAGAUUUAAAGCUACAUAAAUGUGGUUUAUGUAAUUAUGCCGGAAAUAGUAAAUAUGUCAUCAAAAGACAUGUAGAUUCUGCUCAUUCCAAUAAGAAACCUCAUAAGUGUAAUUUAUGUGAAUUUGCUUCCAGUCAUAAGUCUUAUCUGAAAAUACAUAUAGAUGGUGUUCAUUCAGAUUUGAAGAAAUAUAAAUGUAAUUUAUGUGAUAAUUCAUUCAAAUGGAAAUCUUCCCUUAAAUAUCAUUUAGAUUCUGUUCAUUUUAUGUCAAAGGAACAAAUGAAAUCCAAGUGAAUAUUAAUAUUUGGGAGUCUUUUUCAGAAUCUUAUAUUAUUAUGUAAAAGAGGAUUUAUUAUUUUAAUUAUAAAAUGUCGAUAUC